CUGAUUAAAGAUUUGAUACACAAACAUACCAAGUAUCAAAAGACAUUGUAUGUGGAUUGUAACAGGAAGUUUGUACUUCGGUGAGGGAAGUAGUGAGUUUAAUGUACAGUGGCUUGCCUGUGGUGAUCGUGGACACGCUCGCUUAUAACCGUCUGUUAGAAAAUAGAAAUGGAGAACAACAGCUCUAAGAUUUUUGGAGCCUGAGGACAUUCUGGUAUGGAUUCAUUAGAAGAGGCGACGUUGAGUAUGGCUGCAAAUGCUGUCUUGUCUCGUCGCCACAACAGCAGCCACCGGAAGCGUGCCAUGGGACGUCAUGUAACAGUAGAUAAUACUGGUACUGACUUCAUCACAGACCGACACUGGUCCUCGCCUUUGAUGGUAGACAAGUCAACUCAAGUGGAUUCCCGACGACAGGAGGUCGAAGCGGAAUACACUAAGAAGAAAACAAUUUUACAGGGUCUUCUCCUCUUGGUGCUACUGGUGCAUACUACCACCAAUCUUCGCAUGUUACAAGCGACUGUGACCCCGCCCCCUUUCUAUAACCUCAUCCUGGUCAUCACCGUUCUGGCAUUGGUCUGCCAAAUCGUCUCGGGGGGACUCAUGCUAGUAAUAGCAUUCAUGGAAAGAAAGGAAAAACAUGAUUUGGAGAUAAUUAAGAAGAUUAAUGACUUCACUAUUAAUUUAGUUUUUGUCGUAUUGUUAUUAUGUGUGUUUUUAUCGUCUUUGGUUCCAAAUGUAAAGAAAGAUACAAAUACUCAUAUAUAUGACCCUAAACCUGGAAUAGUGAUCGAGUAACCCAAUAGAACUGCCAAUAUAUCGUCGUAGGUUCGGAUACUUAAGUUGUGUAGAUACAACCAUACCCUCGCUGUUCUUGUGAUGUAAUCUUCUUACUGCCAUCUAGUAUAGUGCAGACACUACAUUACAGUUUUUUCUGCAAGUCCGCCCAACAUCAAAAAUGUUCUUCAGGCUGUAUACUUGCAUCUCGGGCAUCUGGACUCUUUCAUACAGUGUAAUGCAAAUGUAGACAAAUGAAAGAAACACUGAAGUCCGUUAGUCACCACUGGCCCAUACGAUGUGUCGUCAUUAUUGCGUGCAAGUAUCAUUGUCAGAGAGCAUCGAUAUAUUCAAGCGACAUUCCGAAUACAGGACAGACAGAUCCAAAAUAAAGCGGAAAUGAAAUUGAAUUACAUA